AUAUUUAUUAACAAGGCGCAGACAGAAAGUGAAGAAAGAAACGCAGUUCGUUUAGUGCUUUGACUGCCAGCAAAGUGAGAACUUGUCCUUAGUGUGUGUUUGUGUGUGUGUGUGUAAAAGAUUUAGAACUAGUGCCAGUGCUUAAAUGCUCUGUCCGCCCACAAUGCGUCCGGCCAGCCCUGCCGAAUCCGAGAUCUCCGUCGGUGGUGCUCCAAGCCCUUUGCCCACCCAGCAUCAUCAUCUUCAGCACCAGCAUCAACAUCACCAUCAGCAGCAGCAGCUGCAUCAUUCGCGCAGCGGCACCAUCGAUCUCCUCCAGCAACAGCAGUUGCUAAUGCAGCAACAUGCUGCUGCCGCAGCCGCUGCUGCUGCCGCCGCCGCCGCCGCCGGAUUGACACGCAGCGCCGUCGGCACAUUGCCCGAGGAUUACUUCCAGCCGUUGAAGCGUCUGCGCAUGUCCUCCUCCUCAUCGGAAACCAGGGAUCAGACGCCCAGUCCACCAGCUGCCCCAGCAGCAACAACUGCUGCAACUACUGCAACCACUGGCAACAGCAGCACCACAAAGUCCGCCAUUGAGGGCGUCAAGAGCUUCUCGAUUGCUGAUAUUUUGGGUCACUCGGAGAAGCAGCGAUGUGCGUCCAGUUCACCACCGCCAGCUGGCACAUUGCUGGCACCACCGGCGGCACGCCCCGUUGGCGGCGUGUUGCAGCCACGCUCCGAGCCGCUGGACAUGCAUCCGGCUGCUGCGGCGGCGAUGCUAUUGCCCGGCGCACAGAUUGUGCGUCCAUGGGAUCAUCUACUCGGUCCAAUGCCAGUGCGCCCAUUCAUUCCAUCGGCACUGCUGCACUACGAACAGCGUCUGGCGCUGGACUAUCAUCGUCAGCUGCAGGAGCACUUCAAUGCCCAGGCGCAGCUGUUGCGUCACAUGGGCAUGGACAUCAUACCCUCGGAGAGUGGCUCCGAUCGCUCCAGUUCUGCGGCCAGCGAUUGUUGUUCGCCGGAGAUUGCUCGCGACACGGCUGCUGCUGCUGCUGUCGCCGCUGGUGCUGCCAUGCGUCGCAGCCAUAGUCCCCAAUCCGCCAGCCAAGUGGAGCGGGAACGGGAACGUGAACGACAUGCGUCCAGUGGCUCGGGGAAUGCCGCCUCGAGUCCCUCGCAGGCGGGAGGCAAUGCGAAUGCGGCUGCUGUUGCCGCCGCAGAGGCCAAGGCCAAGGCGAAUGGGACACCGCUCGAUGCCCUCUUCCAGAUGACCACCAAGGACUUUGAUGAGUCACAAGAUAAAUCGCAUCUGGACAUAUUCUCGAAUCGCCCGCAGCCGAAGAAGAAACGCAAAUCACGCACCGCAUUCACAAAUCAUCAGAUCUUCGAGCUGGAGAAGCGUUUCCUCUACCAGAAAUAUCUGUCGCCCGCCGAUCGUGAUGAGAUCGCCGCCUCGCUGGGUCUCUCCAAUGCCCAGGUGAUCACCUGGUUCCAGAAUCGACGUGCCAAACAGAAGCGCGACAUCGAGGAGCUAAAAAAGGAUUUCGAUAGCGUCAAGGUCUUCUCGGCCCACAAAUCAUUCCUCGAGAAUGUCAACGAUUUGAGCAUACUGAAGAAGAAGCCCAUGCAUGAGGCAGACAUGGUCGGAUUGGCGGCGGCAGCAGCUGCCGCUGGCAUGGUGGGCGUCGGUGUGGGCGUGCCGGUGCCAGUGUCCGCUGCCCAGGCACAGGCACAGGCUCAGGCACAGGCUGCUGCCCAGGCGCUGAGUGCGCCACCCAAAUGA